GAUGGCUCCGUCUCUGUCGCAGGCGUACAGGAGGCGCUGGUGGAUGGCCGUCACAGCCGUGUUGGAGAAUCUGUCGUGUUCGGCCGUGCUCUUGGGCUGGGGCUCUCUGCUCAUCAUGCUCAAAGGACAGGGCUUUUACUCCCACCUGUGCACGGAAAAUGAGACUGAGAAUGUGACCGCUAGCGCACCAGAUGAUUGGCCGAGUUGUGUGAAUCAGGACGAAAUGCUGAACUUGGGCUUCACCAUUGGCUCAUUUCUGCUCAGUGCUGCCACAUUGCCAUUGGGUAUAUUGAUGGACCGGUUUGGCCCCAGGCCUCUGCGCCUCGGUGGAAGUUUGUGUUUUGCGCUCUCUUGUGUGAUGAUGUCCAUAUCAUCCUAUCAUCCAGAAGUCCUCUCUGAACUCAUUUUUCUGGCUCUUUCACUCAACGGCUUUGGAGGGAUCUGUCUGACCUUCACAUCUCUCACGCUGCCAAACAUGUUUGGAAGUCUGAGCUCCACUGUGCUGUCACUAAUGAUCGGCUCCUACGCUUCAUCGGCCGUCACCUUCCCUGGAGUCAAGCUGAUAUAUGAUGCCGGGGUGUCGUUUACUCUUAUCAUGUGGAUGUGGGCCGGCCUGGCAGCUCUGGUCUUUCUCAACUGUUUCAUGAACUGGCCAGCAGAAGGCUUUGCUACACCAGAAGAGAUUGAGAAUAGGAAAAAGAUGCAUUCCGCUGAAAACCACAAAUUAUCUGCUGAAGAGGCGACAGGAGAAACGGAGAAACUGCCAGCUGUAGCUCAGGAUGCACAGUCUUCGGUCCCGUUCCGGCGCUCCGUGUUCUCUCCCAUCUUUUUGUGGAGUCUGGUCACUAUGGGAAUGACUCAGCUGAGAAUCAUCUUCUUUAUGGGAGCCAUGAACAAGAUGGUUGAGUUCCUGGUCACCCACGGAGAGGAGCACCCCUCUGAAAAACUGCUGCAGGAAGCUGAGAAUAAAGUGAGCUUCUACUCGUCCGUCUUCGGCACGCUGCAGCUCUUGUGUCUGGUCACCUGUCCUCUGAUCGGAUACAUCAUGGACUGGAAGAUGAAAGAGUGUGAGGUGGAUCAGAAGACGGAGCGCCGGGGCGAAAAAGAAGCUGUUGCGGAGCCGAAGCGUGACGGAAAGAUCCAGAAGCUGACCAACGCCAUAAUAGCCUUCAUCUUCACAAACGUGCUUCUCAUGCUGUUUGGGAUCCUCUCGCUCGUAGACAACCUUCCUCUACAGAUUCUGACGUUUAUUUUUCACACUAUGGUACGAGGUUUCAUUCACUCGUGUUGUGGAGGACUGUAUGCUGCUGUAUACCCGUCCAAUCAUUUUGGCACCCUCACCGGGCUGCAGUCUAUGAUCAGUGCAGUGGUGGCUCUUCUGCAGCAGCCGCUCUUCAUGGUUAUGGUGGGACAUCAGAAUGGAGAUGCUUACUGGGUAAGAAACACACUUCUUCAUCAGUUAUAUUUAGGGCUGAAACAAUUAGACAUUAUUGACGAUGUCAAAAAAAAACAAGUGUCGACAAGUAUUUUUGUUGUCGAGCCUCUCUCCAUCACCGGGUGA